CCCGUCCUUCUCUUCUUCCCAGAGCCGAGCGCCCUAGGUGCCCCCAGUCCCCAGCUGCCGCUCUUCCCAUCGGGACGCGCCCGGAUCCCCACCCGCCAACAAAUAGGUCUCUCCUUGUCAUUCACUCCCAGACCUUCUCCCUUACCCUGAGUUUAUACCUUCUAAAACGGGAAGAAACUUCCACUGCUGCUCCCACCCUCACCUCAACCCCUACCCACGUCCCUCCCAACUGGCGCCUGAGGGGGGGUGUCCUCCCGCUCCCUCCCCAUUGGAGCUUUGGGUGGGUGUGAAAAGGGGGGUAGACCGAGUGGGCCAUGCCAGGUCAAUCUGGGUGUUUUCUGGAGUGUUGGUGCCUUAUUCUGGAGCUCUGAGGAAAGAAGUGGUGCGCCUGGGGUCUCCCGCAAGGAGCUCCCGAGGUCUCUCUGGGCUCAGGACUCCAGCCCAGAAGGGAUCCCAGAAGUCAGAUCCUCGGUUGCUGGCUCAGUUUUUCUUUGCUGAUGAACAUGUGACACAAGUGGUAACCGAAAUCAUCUGCCUGGAUGCCCGGGAGGACCCUCAGCACUACCUGGUUCUGCUGAGUCAGCUGCAUGCCAGCCAGGAGCGGCUACUGGAAGUGAUGGAGCAGAUAAUGGAGGAGAACCUGUCUGGUGAUCGCAGGCCCAGGGACUAUGUGGCCAAGUUCCCAGAGGAGCUGUUGGGAGUAAGCCUGAGGGCCCAUGUACUCUUUGCUGCUGAGUGCUUGGUGGCUGGCUCCUUUGUGGACGUGGAUGAGACUGCCCAGCAGCUUCUCCAGCCUCUAGCCCGGGACCUGUUGCUGAGCCUGGAGCAGGCUAGGGCUCUCCUCCGAGAGCAGAGUCUGGGCCGCCCUGGACCCUGCUCCCAGGCUCUACGUUCUGCCCUGCUUCGUUUUGACCACCUCUUUGCUGACUUUGAAUUCAACUACGUGGCAGUGGUUGCCCCCAUGAAGUCCCCAGAGGAGCUCCAGCAGCAGCAGGAAGUGGCUGUACUUUUCUGUGAGACGGUAUCCAGGGCCCUAAAACUUGGCUAUCUCACCCAGGAGAUGAUUGACAGCUAUGAGCCUACCCUCAUGUUGACUAUACCUCGCCUGGCUAUCAUCAGUGGUCUUCUCAUUCACCCUGAGGGUCCCCUGAGCCUGAGCCCACCUGGUGCUACAGCCUAUGUGUUCAGUCCCUUCCGAAGCCUCCUACAGAAGAUCCAAGCCCUACUGGUUGUUUUAUCAGCUGACGAACUCUUCAUACUUGAACGGAGCCUGUGUAUGGCAGAUGCCCCCUGGGAGCCCCUGGACAACCCCAGACAAGAGAGCUCAGUACCUAGCACUUCUUGUCAGACUAGGGUCAGGGCCCCACAUAUGUCCUUCAAGCAGGACCCAACUCCUGACUGUCCAGGUCAGAGCAUAGGAGCAUCAAUGGAAAGGGUGGGGACCAAGCAGCAUCGUGAGCCAGGUACCUCCUUUCCAUGGACUGACUCUGGACAUGUGCCCUGCUCGCUGCCAUUAAUGGGGUCGGUGCCCUCUGAAGCUGGGUUCCCUGGCAUUGUCCAGGACUUAGGAGUCCAGCAUUCAAGGGAACCAGGGAAACAAGAAUCCAGAAGACAUGGUGCCCACCACUGUAUUGGACCACACCAGCCAGUGGCUGCCAGGUUCCUGCAGGCAGAGAUGGGCAGGGCGCUUCGGGCCAGCUACCCCAGUCCUCAAAACAUGCUCCACUCCCUCUUUGUCUGCAUCUCAGGUGUAGCUGACCAGUUGCAGACCAACUUUGCUAGUGAACUUCGGGCCAUCCUGCACAUGGUGUUCCUGGUGGUGGUAUCCAAGUCUGGGACAGAGGAAGAAACAGAGGAAGGAGGCUGUAGGCUGGCUGCCCCUCUGGCAGAUUGCACCUUGUGUGUUGAAUAUGGCCGAGAAGAGCCUCCUGCCUGGGUCCCCGAUCAGGCCUGUCUCCACUGCACGGCCUGCCAGACUCCCUUCAGCUUCACUCGCCGAAGGCACCACUGUCGGAGCUGUGGGAAGAUCUUCUGUUCACGAUGCUCAUCCAGAUCGGUGCCUCUGCCUUGGUUUGGCUACAUGAAGCCCGUGCGGGUGUGUGCCCACUGCUAUGCUGCCCACGUCAUUCCAGGCUGCUCCUGACAUCUCUGCCCCAGGCACGCAUGAGCCUUUGGGGCCAGCUGAUGGAACUGCUUCCGCCUGUGUCCAGGCUCUGUGCUGGGGACUAGGGAGCCUUGGCUGCCCUUGGGACAGUCAUCCGGGGUGCUGAAUCGAACUCAGGGAGGAGAGAUUCAACUUGAGUCUGCAGGGGAGAACUUCCCUGCUGCCCUCCUCCCAGGUGAGGGGUGACUCUUGGGCCCAUGGACUGUGGUUCUGGGGUACUCUUCCCCCUCAAUCUUGAAAAUUCUCAGGGGUGCUGCUCUCACUGCUCUCACAUGAGCUGUGUGCGAGUGACCAAGAAAGGGCAGAGGUUAGGGUGUGCCCAUCCUCUCUCCUUUCCUUCCUUCCUCCUGGGUUCUCUUGGGACCUCUUAGAAUAGACUGGCCCUACUCUUCAGCCUUCUCUUCUCUUUCAUGGCCUUUCACAGGCCUGUAGUCUGGGUCUGGCCUGAAGGGGGACCCUGGGGAGUACGGCCAGGUGUUUGUAUAUGUAUAUAUAAGGUGUCAGUGGCGGGGUGGAGAGCACUAGAGCACUCACUCUUAGUGCAGCCAGUCUGGGCUUGUGAAUAGCUGAUCCAUCCCAUCUGUUCCCGCCUGUCCGGUGGGGGUAAGGGGCGAGCACCGGAGUUAUGGUUCCUAUUGUUCACAAGUAUAUUUCUGUUUAAUUAAAGACAGAGAUUCUUCUAAAUGGUCUUUAGCUCUCCUGUGGCCCAGCUAGCAAUGGGAGACAGACAGGAUGAAAGGGAAGGAAAAUGGCAUUUGUUCAGGGGCUUUUACUCAUAGUUGCCAACCAGUUCCUAUCCUACACUUAGAGUGCAUGGAAGACUGAAAGCAGCAAAGUUGUAGAAUACUGAGGGUGGGGGGAAGGUAGUUGAGGGCCCUAUAAAACCAAGGGGACAAUAAUCCCUGAUUUUUGUCCUAUACCUGAUAAUAAGAAUAGCUGGGUCUGGAGUCAGGAAGACCUGGGUUCAAAUCUAGCCUCAGACACUUCCUAUCUGUGUGAUUGUGGGCAAGUCACUUAGCCCUGUUUGCCUCAGUUUGCUCAUGUGUAAAAUAAGGUGGAGAAAGAAAUGACAAACCAAGAAAAUACCAGAUGGUAAUUGAAUACCACUUGGUAAUGAUGACAGUAGUGGAGAGAUUUCCAUGUUAUGUCCUUCAUUGAUGCUUCAUUUUGGAGUAGGAGGCAGGUAGGUGGUUCAAGUCCUACCCCAGACCCUUACUAACUGUGAACCUGGGCAAGUCUGCUCUAGGACCCAAUUUCUUUAUCUGUAAAAUGAGAUUUGGAUCUGAGAGCCUUGAAAUUCACCUUCCAGGUCCAAAUCUUUGAUCCUUGAUUCUUUUUAAAGUCUAGCAGGAUCUUAAAAAAAAAAAAAAAGCUUUAUCAAUGCCUUAUAUUCUUAGAGCAAAUUUAUUUCCAGAUAUAUUUGUUCCUCUCCCUCUCCCACACGAGAUCCUUUCCUUGUAACAAAGAAAACACUUAAAACUAACAGACCCAGACAUCCAACCUUACAUC